UAGGAUCUCGAUUCUUGAGGCAGUGCUGCACCGGUUGAGCCGAAACGACGUACGUCUUGAAAAGCCGGGAGAUAUUAAAGCCAGGCAUGGUGUACAGCGUGGCACCAGCCUGUCUGUAACAGGCCUAGCUGUAGAUCCUAUCCGCGGUCGACGUGGCUGAGCGGUUGAGCGCCUCAGUUCGCCGUGGUCACCGGCCGGAAUCUGCGUUGACCUUCUGUCUGUUCAGACCUAGGCCUACUGGCCCAUUGGGCUAAAAGGCUACUCUCACAGAAGGCCUGAUUCCCGAGGUCGCCGUAUCGCGUUCCUGGGGUCCGGAAAUACUUUUAACUGGCGCGGGAUUCGCUCCGUAUCGUCGAAUGGCGUUACAGAUCGAAAAUCGUCGCGCGAGUCGAGCGACCGAAAUCGCCGACGGCCGGGCGGCAGUGCAGCCGCGACAGAUUUUUCUGCAGCGGUUGCGAAAUCCGGUUUCCAUUCGGAUGUCACGUAUUGUGGAUCGCUCUGCGGUUUGCUCUCAACCAUGCCUCCUUUCACUGGCCACCCGACCCGACCCACCCGAUGGCCCCCACUGCCGCCGCGGCACUUCCACUUUCUUGCCGCUCCGAAGUGCACUUGCCUUGUUUCUGUAUAAAAGGGAAAAUUACUUUCGAAGCAGCCCAGCAGCUUGCGAACAACGCCCUUGUAGCCUUCGCCGCCCUUUUCGCUGACUUACAGAGUUGCCUGCGCUCCUGCACUGGUAACGUUGCUCCUAAGCCAAGAGUCCCAUCCGACCUUCAGUCUUCCUGUGUCUACAUUUCUUCCUGUGGAAUUUCUUCAGUCACCCAGCGGCGUCGUUUGAGCUCGCUCAGUGAACGGACGGAGGGCUGGUAGCAGUAGCAGUCGCAUGAGUAGCGGACCCCGCGACAGCCAGAGGCAUCACUUGCUCGGAGCAAGCGCAUCAGACUGGGAGCUGAUCCUCAAGGCCGGGCGAAUGGCUGAGCAUAACAGCAUGUCAAGACGCCAGGACGUCGGUUCUCCAACCGUUUUGUCGAAUCAUGUGGCUGGGUCGAACAGAGGCCGGAAACUAGAUUCAUUGUCCAAUGAGCCAUUCACCAGUAAGCCAAGGCAUUACGUGAGUGAGCUGAACAGGAGCCGGGAGCUCGAUUCAGACGAGGAGGAGCCAAUCAGAGACAUGGAGGACGUGCUCUGGCUCACGCAGCGACGGCGGGUGCUGGGGACGCGCCAUGGCACACCUUGCUCCUUCCCUCGCGACCGGAUCCACCGUCGCUCAACUGGCAGCGUCGUUGAAACUACCAAGUCCCUGACCGUCCAGCUGACCUCUUUUGAAGAUCCCUGGAGCCCCAGCCUCAGCCGCAGCUGUCCUGCUGCUGGAGCUCACACCAGCCGUCCCUGGCAGCCAGGGAUGCCUGCCAUGGGAGAGCGCGGGCUACUGUCUGCAGGUGAUGCUGCUGAAAUGGCUCCUGCUGGCGUUCUUUUUCCUGGCAUGGCCUCUUCUGGUGAGACGCUGAGGGGUCAAAGGGCUGCUGCUGAUCGGGAGUGGAACAACCACCGCCGCCAAAAUCAGCAGGUGUUCCGGCGACACUCUGUAGACUCUGGUUCCGGAGCUAUUAACGCCAGCAGCAACAGCCAUGGCAGCACAAGAGAUCUUUCUCAUGUCACUACAACUGGUCGAAGCAUGAGCAACCUCAGCUGCAGCUUUCCAGGCAGCUACAGGCGUCAGGCAUCCAGGAAUACCACUACCAUCAGCACUCCUUCUCUUGUGACACAGCGGCAUGCUGUAAGGGUUGAUGGGCCGAGAGAGGUAUUGGUGAACAAUAGAGGCAUGUUUGGCCCCUCGCCUGUCAGCACACGUCAACACGUGAUGGUGGUGCAGAGUCAACCCAGGAUGGCACAGGGCGCACACUCUGGUGCUGCUGUUGCUAACGUGGGCAGCAAGCAUACGGGCGGCAUAGCCACCAGAUAAAACCUGCAUACGUGCUAACCAAGACUGCGGAUUUCUGGAAUCCUGGGGUGUGAAGAUUUCUGCCCAGGG